AGACGGGUCCCCUCCCGGCGGCACCACGGCUUCCCUACAACAGCACGGGGACGGGGGCUUCCCCUCAGCAGCCGCCGCUGCCUCGGUCUCCGGGGCCGGCCAAGCUCCGCCGCGUCCGCGACCCGCGGCCGCCAUGCAGUUUAUGUUGCUUUUUAGUCGUCAGGGAAAGCUACGGCUGCAGAAAUGGUAUGUCCCACUCUCAGACAAAGAGAAGAAGAAGAUCACAAGAGAACUUGUUCAAACCGUUUUAGCUCGGAAACCUAAGAUGUGCAGCUUCCUGGAGUGGAGAGAUCUGAAGAUUGUUUAUAAAAGAUAUGCCAGUUUAUAUUUUUGCUGUGCUAUUGAGGAUCAGGACAACGAACUGAUUACCCUGGAAAUAAUCCAUCGUUACGUGGAAUUACUUGACAAGUAUUUUGGCAGCGUGUGUGAACUUGAUAUCAUCUUUAAUUUUGAGAAGGCCUAUUUUAUUUUGGAUGAAUUUCUUUUGGGAGGAGAAGUUCAGGAAACGUCCAAGAAAAAUGUCCUUAAAGCAAUUGAACAGGCUGAUCUCCUGCAGGAGCCACGCCAUGAAUAUUUUAAUGUCCCUGUGUACUAAAUGACUGCUCAUCGACUAUGCAGAAUUUCAGAGGAAAUAGAGAACUGAUAUACUUAUGAAAGAAAAUGUCCUCAGCUUGGUGACUAAUUCUCCUGUAAAAAGAUAAAAACCAUCUUAGAGCUAGUACCUUUGUGAUUGUAUUUUUUCUGUGCACAUUCCUAAUUCCAUUUUCAUUCUGUAUAUGAUAUUGAUAUGUAGUUUAUUUCUGUCUACCACUGUUUCUUCUUGACAAAAUAUGACUUGUGAAUAUUUUAAUAUCCUAAACACAUACAAGUUUUCAUUAGUAAACCAUCUGUGAUUAAUCAAUCUUACAAGAGUAUAACAGAAAGGCUGGGCAAUCACAAAUGUUUACCAAAGAAAAUACAGUUAAGAACUCAGGCAAAAUUAGCAGCACCACAGUAUUUAGUUCAUUGUUGAAGAAAACCAAGCUUUAUUUCACACUAAGAUUAUCUUACAGUUUGUAUGCGCUAAUAUGUUUGACUAUCACAUAAAAGUGUAUGUUGAAGCAAUAAAAGAAAGAAAAGAUCAGUUACAAUUAUAUAAGGCCUAAGGUUAAAACAUUGAAUUUUCAAGAAAUUUUGUAGUGCCAAUAUAUGUUGAAGCACAUUGAUGCAGUGUCAAACAGUCCCUUUAAGAACUGUCGGAAAGCUGUGUCACAAAGUCUCCUGAAAUGUCUGCUGCUCAGUAACAACUCUUUAGAAGCAGUAACACUGAGCCUACUUAUAUGAUGCAAAUUCUUAUAUUCAUUUUCCAAAUAUUUUUAUUAGUUAAUGGCUUCCUAAUUAAUAUAUUAAAUAAGCCUUUUAAACACUCAGUGCUUUGUUAACUAUGGUUGUAUAUUUUUGAAAUACUAAAAAUUUUUAAUAACACUUCGCAUAUUUUAUUAUAAAAACUAUCAGAUAACUCACUGUUUAGAGUUUAAAGCCUAAGUAAAUUAUCAUUAAACAAUAACUUCAGAGGCAUGGUAGUGUAUACCUGUCAUCCUAGCAUUUGGGAGGCUGAGGCAAGAGGAAGAUGAGUUACUAUGCUACCUAGAGGGUCCUUGUCUCAAAAGACAAAAAUUAAAUAUGCCAAAAAACUACCCAAACCAGUUUCCCACUAAAAAAUCUGUAAAAACGUUAUAGGAAAUGUAGUUAUUAGGCAGCUGUAUAGAUGAACUAUCUCCAUUACCAUCUGAAGCAUCACAAAACAUUGGUCUUUCAUUUCCAUUUUUCCCAUCCUCCCACCCUACAUGUUGUUCAUCUGAUUUUAAUGUUGCAUAAAUAUGCAUUGUCUCAUGCCUGUUUGUUUUGGAUGCUGUGUGCUGAGCUGUAACAAAAUGUUGCGCUUUUGGGGGUGGGGUAUCUGUAUACAGCUGCUUGCUUUAAAUUAGCAGAUUCUGAAUAGCUUUACCUGCAUGUCUAAAAUAAAGUAUUGCAUGUACUUUGUCUGAUGUGAAUGACUUUUUUCU